CCUCGUCCCUUUAUCAACGACCAGCUACAAUGGCACCCGCAGCAGUUGCACAAUCCCCUGUGUCUUCACUCCCUAUCGACAUUCCAAUUACCUUUCCCAAUCUUCAAAGCAACUAUAACCGCAAGUCUCAUCCCGAUGACGGGUACACUUACACCAUCCGGGCAAACCCUAACUUGACUUCCGGUCAGCACGACAUUCUCCCCUCCGCCAUUCUUCCCUAUGAUGCGUACCCAAAGGAAGUCCGUGGGCAAACAGUCUGGGAGGCGAAGGAUUACAUCGACCGCCCGGAGAAGUGGGUAAUUUGGUGGACUGAGGAGGAGAUUGCCGACCUCGAGCGUGCCGCCAGGGAGUUUGAGGAGUCCAGCUUGGACCUUACCGAGAUUUCGCAAGACAACUUCCGUCUCUCUCCUGCACUCGCCACCAAACUCGGAGCAAUCCGCGAAGACCUCGUUAACGGCAAGGGAUUCACCUUGCUCAAAGGCCUUCCCGUCCAGCGCUACUCCCUGAAAACUUCAGCAACCAUCUACACUGGUCUCGGUACAUACAUCGGUCACGCUGUCUCACAGAACCACAAAGGCCAUAUCCUCGGGCACGUCAAGGAUUUGGGCAACGAUCCCACACAAAUCGACAAAGUCCGUAUCUAUUCCACCAACGCCCGUCAAUACUUCCACGCCGACGACUCUGAUAUCGUCGGUCUCCUUUGCCUAGAGAAGGCGCUGGAGGGCGGUGAGUCCGAUAUCGUCUCCUCUCAUCACGUUUGGAACGUUCUUCAACGCGAACGCCCGGACGUCGUGAAAACUCUCACCGAACUCUGGUACUUUGACCGCAAAGGCGAAGUCUCCCAGGGCGAGAAAGGCUGGUUCACAAACCCGAUCUACAGCUAUUACCAUGGCCGCCUCAUCAGCAAAUGGGACCCCUACUUCGUCCGCUCCCUGGACCGCUUCAUCAAAGCCGGUCUCGUCCCCCCCCUCUCCGCCCCCCAACUCGACGCGAUCGAAGUCCUCGAACAAGCCUGCCAACGCGAGUCACUCCACAUGAUUCUCGAUGUGGGGGAUAUCCAGUUUGUGUCCAAUCUGCAUGUGUUCCAUGCGAGGACGGCGUAUAGGGAUCAUGCGCCCGAGACGGGGAAGAAGAGGAGGCAUUUGUUUAGGUUGUGGUUGGCGACGCCGGAGAAGGAGGGAGGGUGGGCGCUGCCGUUUCCGGAUUCGAAGUUGGUUAAGAGGGGGGGGAUUCAGGUUGAUGAUACGCCGCCCAAGUGCCCGUUGGAUGCGGAGUAAAAGUGGAAGAUAUUGUGUAGCAUAUGGAUACCCUCAUACCCUAGUUAGGAAUAUGAUUCUUGCUAAAGCGCA